AAACAUGGCGGAUCGCUGGGGGCUCCUUAGGUAGCUCGUUUGUCUUAAAUCCUGACCUGAACUAGUCUGCCGCAUUUUAUUGACGUCUUGUCUCCAAGUGUGUUUUUUGUAUUUUUAGCUGUCGCUUUUUAACCUGUCACAGGAAAUAUGAGCGGAAUUAUGACGUUUUAGUUCGGCUAGCUCGGCUAGCAGGUUACCAAGGCAACGGCAGCUAACGGUUACCUGGCUGUUAGCUCAACACUAGGGAGAGGUGAAGGCUCCGAGAAGGGAAUUUAAUUUUUUUAAGGAUGUUAAAUGCGCCGAUCCAAGCCGGGUUUCCAUCUCUUUUUGAAUAGAUCGAUUAAUUACUGUACAUUGAUUAAACUAUUGAGUCUUUAUUUCUGGUUUCAUCUGGUUAAAUUUAAUAUAAUUAAAUUAAAUAAUAGUUCGGUUCAGGUUUUACUGCUCACUUUUAUAGAUGCCAUUGGAGUAAAAUAACAUCAGUUUCAACAUCUUUUUAACCACUAACAGCUGCUGAUUCAUUUACUGUAUCCUGCAGACAUGGAGCAGUACAGUAUUCUGGGUCGGAUCGGUGAAGGAGCUCAUGGCAUCGUGUUCAAGGCCAAACAUAUCGAGACAGGAGAGACAGUGGCUCUAAAGAAAGUGGCUCUGAGGAGGCUGGAGGACGGCAUCCCGAACCAGGCUCUGAGGGAGAUCAAGGCCCUGCAGGAGAUUGAGGACAACCAGCAUGUGGUGAAGCUGAAGGACGUCUUCCCUCACGGUACGGGCUUUGUCCUGGUCUUUGACUUCAUGCUCUCUGACCUCUCUGAGGUCAUCAGGAACACUGAGCGACCUUUGACCCCAGCUCAGGUUAAAAGUUACAUGAUGAUGCUGCUGAAGGGUGUGGCCUUCCUCCACCACAAUAACAUCAUGCACCGGGACCUGAAACCAGCUAACCUCCUGAUCAGCUCCUCAGGCCAUCUAAAAAUCGCAGACUUUGGCUUGGCUCGAUUAUUCAGCGAACAGGGAGACAGACUUUACAGCCACCAGGUGGCCACCAGGUGGUACAGAGCUCCAGAGCUGUUGUACGGAGCCAGGAAGUACGACGAGGGCGUCGACCUGUGGGCAGUGGGCUGUAUCUUUGGGGAGCUGCUGAACUCGUCUCCUCUGUUUCCUGGAGAAAACGACAUCGAGCAACUCUGCUGCGUCCUCAGAGUGCUGGGAACUCCGACACAGGACAGCUGGCCGGAGAUCGUCGAGUUGCCAGAUUACAAUAAAAUCACCUUUAAAGAGAAUCCUGCCAUCCCAUUGGAGGAGAUCGUCCCCGACACCUCCCCUCAGGCCAUCGACCUGCUCUACAAGUUCCUGGUUUAUCCGUCCAAGCAGCGCUGCUCCGCCAGACAGGCUCUCCUCCACCCCUACUUCUUCUCCUCUCCUCUUCCUGCCCACCACUCAGAGCUGCCCAUCCCUCAGAGGGGGGGACGACCACCUCGCCAGCGCCUUCAGGCUCCGCCCACUGACUUUUCACUGGACCUGCCCCUUCAGAGCAGCGUGGUAGACCCUGCGCUUCUGCAGAAACAUGCCUCCUGUCUCUGAAGGGCGAACAGACACAUGUUCAUUUAUUUAUUUAUUUAUGCACUUUUUAAUGCCUGAUUGUGUUUAUUAUUAUUAUUAAACAGGAUGGGACUGUCUUUUAAAUCAUAAAUAAAGUUUAC